AUGGAAGAAACAAAGAAGAGCUUGCUUGAUGAUACUUUUACAAGUGCAAUGACACUUACCAAUUCAAGUGUGCCUGAUCGUUACGUUCUUCCGCUAUCGCAAAGGCCAGGUUUUGGUUCAACCACCAGAGAGACAACACUUCCAGUCAUUGAUCUCUCUUUCUUACACCAACCUUUGCUUCGAUCCCGCGCAAUCCAUGAGAUCGCCAUGGCCUGCAAGGAGUUUGGUUUCUUUCAGGUUAUAAACCAUGGAAUAUCAUCAUCGGUGGUUAAAGAUGCCUUAGAUGCAGCAACACAGUUCUUUAACUUACCUGUGGAGGAGAAGAUGCUUCUAGUGUCUGCAAAUGUUCAUAAGCCAGUAAGGUAUGGCACAAGCAUCAACCAUUCAACAGACAGAGUUCACUACUGGAGAGAUUUCAUUAAGCAUUACUCUCAUCCUUUAUCAAAGUGGAUCGAUAUGUGGCCAUCGAAUCCUCCAUGCUACAAGGAUAAAGUGGGUAAGUAUGCAGAGGCGACGCAUGUGAUGCACAAGCAAUUAAUAGAAGCUAUCUCCGAAAGCCUAGGACUGGAGAAAAAUUACUUACAAGAAGAGAUCGAACAAGGGUCACAAGUUAUGGCAGUGAAUUGUUAUCCAACAUGUCCAGAACCUGAACUUGCCUUGGGAAUGCCACCACACUCAGACUUCGGCUCACUGACAAUCUUACUUCAAAGUAGCCAGGGACUCCAGAUAAUGGACCGCAACAAAAACUGGGUUUGUGUACCGUACAUUGAAGGAGCGUUGAUAGUCCAGUUGGGAGAUCAGGUAGAAGUAAUGAGCAACGGCAUAUACAAGAGCGUGAUUCAUCGUGUAACAGUAAACAAAGACGUCAAGCGGCUAUCUUUUGCAAGUCUUCACAGUCUACCUCUGCACAUGAAAAUAAGCCCAGCACCAAAGCUCGUCAAUGAAAACAAUGCACCUACCUAUGGAGAAUUUAGUUUCAACGAUUUUCUUGAAUACAUCUCGAGCAAUGAUUGUAUACAGCAAAGAUUCAUCGAUACACUUAAAAAGAGCAGUUCCUGA